AAAUCCGUUCUGUACAUUUUUAUACAGCAAGCUGAAAACAAUGAGUCUGGCCUCGAGGAUUCUCUACUGCCUUCCGAUUUUACUGAUACCCCUGCAUAUAGAGGAAGCUAAUGCCAAGGGAAUCUGCCUUUAUUUUAGCGAUCAACUAGCGACUUGGUUCGAUGCCCUAAUUACCUGCCAAAAGCAUUACAUGUGCUUGGCUGAUUUGGACACCGAAGUUACCCUGAUUCAGAUGGAAAGCAAACUGCCACGCGAUGACCACAGCUACUGGUUCGGCUUGAAUGCACACGAGAAAAACAGCUACAGAUAUGUAUCCUCCAACAAGUCCGCUGAUUACUCCCCAGUCAGCUCCAAUCUGGUGAACGACGGGGGAUGCGCCUUUGUGAAACACGAUGAUGGCUUUUACAAAUUUCUAUCGGCCGACUGCCACACAAGGAAAAGAUUCAUCUGCAGCAGAGCCGAAGAAUGCGACGGAGUGAGCAUAAGUCCAAGAAAGUCGCAAUGUGUCAUCAGCCCAGAGGACAAGGAAAUUGUGGCCUAUUAAUUUAUAGUUUACCACAAUAGUACAAAAUAAAGCGUCUUAGGGCAAGGCAUAAAGAAGAAUUUUUUAUGGAAAGUUGA